UUUUAAAUGCCAAGAGCUUUGCUUCUUUAAGCUACAGUUAAGCUCAUCAUCUUUCGUUACUACUAAAAAAAAGUGAUGGGAAAUUUGCAAUUUACAUCACCAUUCCAUUUUCCAUUUAACGAACAUUGUUGUUUUAAGAGUUUGUCUUCAUGUUAAAUACUGAGCUGUGUUAAUCAGCAGGGAGGGACACAAGGAUGUGACUUGCAGAUUGCAUAAUUAGAAAGCUUUAGAUUAGAUAUGCUUGGAUUUGAAAUUAAUGAUUAGCAUGUGAUAGACCUACUUCAGAAAACACCAGGCUCCCAUAGCUGGCUUCUCAUCUUCGCUUUAGGCAGUCAUUUGUUCCUGACUCAGGAAGGUAGUGAAAUUGCAAGAGAGGUAGCACAGCUCGAGUUGCAGGCUCUGGCUUCUGAACUUAAAACUGGCUUCACUGAAGCAAUGCAGGAACUUUCAAGAAUCCAGCGUGGGGAGUAUGCGCUUGAAGAGAAGGUCCAAAGCUGCCGGUGUGCAAUGGAAGAGAAAGUGGCAGAGAUGAAGAAUUCUCUAAAUUGCUUCAAGGAGGAGCUUAGUGAUGCCAAGUCCAUGAUUGAUGAAAUCAGUGCCAAGCAAGAAGAAAUGCAGCAGAAAAUCGAGCAGCUGCAACAAGAGAAGAGGAAAGAAUCCCGAAAACUUAAAGCAAAAAGAAUACAAAAAGAGGAGCACGGGUCGCAAACCGUGCCCACACCUCUGCAAGGAAGCCCCUUUCGAUCACUGAACCUUCCUGAGCCAGUUUUAAUUAAUGAAGAUUUUGUAAACCUUUUGCACAAUGCCACAUAUGAGAAAGUCUCCGAUUGCAGACCCAGGGGACUGGGAGAAAGCAACAUGAAAGGGCUGACCAGUACAAACUUGGACACUGAAGAGAGCUUCAGAGUUUCCUCAUCAGCUGAUGCUCAGCCAAAGGGACAGUCACCAUCCACGGUGUGGAAACAGCCCAUGGACAGUAAAGAGUGGGGUGGCGAACAUAUUUCAAAGGACUACAGUGACAGACAGAAGGAAGUGGGCCCAGGUAGAUAUAGCUCAAUGGAGAAUAUACUGCGGGACUCUUCUGUUGCAGCUAAAAGGCAGAAUAUUGCUUUGGACUUACUAGAGUCUGAGAGGAAGUAUGUUGUUAACCUCUCCCUGGUCCUCAAAAUGAGAGCCACAUUGCAUGGACCAGAAAUGAAGAGGAACACCAAGGAAAGAAGUUUUUUCCCCAACUCUUUGCGAUAUUUGGUCCAGCAGCACGUAGACUUGCUUCAUGCCCUGCAGGAAAGAGUACUGAGUUGGCCUCGACAGGGAAUUCUGGGAGACAUAUUUCUCAAGCUGACCAACGAUGAGAACAAUUUUUUGGACUAUUAUGUUGCUUACUUAAGGGAUUUGCCAGAGUGCGUCUCGCUAAUUCAUGUGGUGAUUCUGAAAGAAAUAGAGGAGGAAAUUAAAUCUGACCUCUACAUAUUCUUCUUCCAUAUUGUCCAGCGAAUUCCUGAAUAUCUUCUUCAUUUGCAGAAUAUUCUGAAAUACACGGAACAAGAGCACCCCGAUUACUACCUUCUCCUUGUUUGCGUUCAGCGCCUGCGAGUUUUCAUCUCCCACUACAGCCUUCUCUUCCAGUGCAAUGAAGACCUUCUGAUACAGAAACGGAAGAAGCUGAGAAAAUCGUCCUUCAUAAAGUUAUAUAAAGGUCUAGCUUCUCAGUGCACCAGUACUGGCCAAGACGUAUCUCCAACACCAAGCGCUACUUCGAUCCGCGACAGCGGGAUCCACUCUGAAGAGGCCAUGCAGCUGUUCCCAUCAGUCUCUGCAUCUGGAACGACAGCUAUGCACUUGAUGUCACAGAUGAAGAAAAGCCAACAACAAGGCAUGGAGAGCAUGCAGGGAGCAUCACCCUGUGAGUGGGAAACCGAAGGAAGGAGGCCUGACAGGCCUGAGAAUAUCCUGACUCCGUCGCAGUUCCAUGAACAAGACCUGAAGGUUCUCGUGGCUUCCCUUCAGGCCCUCCCAGACAUGGAAUACAACCCUCCCUCGUCCGAAGCAAAAGGAAAGUCUGAGCGGACCCGGAGGGCCUCCACAACGGACCUCCUCCAUGACAGCUCAAGUUUUACUCCUGACUAUGAGGACUUUGAGUACAGAGGGGAUAUGUAUACCAUGGCCGGCCCCUACGAGGAAGAGCCCCUUCAAAACCUGGCCCCAUUUGAGACCUGCUCUCCAGCUUCUUCUGAAUCCAGCAUUGACAUCUGUUUCUUGAGGCCUGUGAACUUCACCAACGAGCCAGAGAGGACAGAGCACACUUUACAGCCACUCCCCAAGAGCGGUGCUCCGGUCAGCAGCGGAGGCAGCAGCAGCACCUACAAACGCGAGGUUUUCCGGAGCAAAGGCAAACAGCUGAGCCGGUCCUUGAAGGAGUUUCCCCGCAGCAGUGGGACGGAAGGCGUCUCCACGAGGCUCUACAGCACACGGAGCAGCAGCGGGAGCCGGUUGCCAAACAAGCCAGAGAGGGGCUUCCAGUCGCACGGGGUCUCCGCCACCUCCAGGAGCUCCCAGCGGAACUUCUUUCCUCCGCAGAGAGGAGUGGGUGAAAAGCAAAGCUUUGUGGAAGAGAUGCAUUUAGAAGACAACACCAGAUUCUCUCAUAGGGAUGACAACGAGCAAACAUCUUUCAGCAACCACACUCCAAGACAAGGGCACAAAGCGGGCUUUCGAAGCUCUUUCCGCAAGCUGUUCAAAAAGAAAUGAGCCAUCCAGGGAAAGACCAACUGCUCCAGCACUUCCCCUGGGCUGAGCUCUUUGCUCUGAGACCCACAUAAUGCAGUGGUUUUGUUUCAAGCAGCUUUACAUUCAAGGGAAGAAACAAUAGAAAACUAAGAGUGGUGGUAUAAAAUUAAUUUGUUUUAAAAGAUCCAUCCUAUGGCCCCAGAAAAUAUGUGGCCAGCUCCUGUAUUUCAGGGGCUACUCUUUUAUACGGACUCCGGGGGCCAGAGUGUAUUUUGCCACUCCGCUGGACACUCACUCACUGCUAUUACCCAGUAAUAAUGGCUUCAGUUAUGGAAGUCAUCAGUGUAAUAUGGUAUUCAUUCCUUCUGAGUUGUUAUUUAUCAGGACCAAACCCCACAGAGAACUGUGGAAUUCAAGAUUUUUUACCACAUUUAUUAGAAGUAGGCAGGGCUUUAGAGGCUGGAUACUAAUGCCUCGUGGGCCACCAAAUGUUCAUUUCUGGUAGACACCAUGCAAUUCUAAAUACUGUGUAGGCAAGCUGGUCCAGCAGACGGAA